AUGAACUCUCUCAACAUCAUCUCGGCCAGAGUGUCCCCUCCGCCAAGUCCAGCACCAACGAGAACAAACUCUCUUAGCGCCAUAGGCUUGGCGGUCAGCUCAGAAACGGACGGAUCGCGAGGGAGCCAGGUUGACAAUGCCCUGCCAGACACUAGCGAGAAAGAAGGAUUGACGGCAGAGCCCGACAAUUUUCCUCUCGAUGCCGCACCCACCGACAACCACGGCGACGAUUAUGCGAUAGGCGAGUCGACACCGCUGAUAGCUCAGCCCGAGGCCAAGGAUCCCAGCCCGCGGGGUGCUGCGUGGGUGCUCUACCCCAAACGCAUCGCAAACGCCUUUGUCGACUCGAUACGGUGGGUGCUGUCCACAUUAGCGGCGCCAGGCGUCUAUCUCUUCGCCUGCCUCUGCGACACGAACGGUAAUUUUGCGCCAUUGCUCCAACUGAGGAGACUCUUCGGUUUUUAUGGAGGCAACCCUAAGCGGAUGGCUCUGGAUUACCACGAACACCUGGCUUCGUCCGAGAAACACCGCCGAGGCUUGGAUGGCGCGGCCGGCAAGGGAAAUCGCAGCGGGAGUAAGGCAGCUCGAUUGGCUCGCUCCAGCGGGUCGUCGUCGUCUGGGUUGUCCUCUGAAUCCGAGUCGGACCCAGACCGUAAAGGUCAGGGUAGCGGACCAGACGCUAGUGGAAAGCACUCGCGCUCAAAGUCGCUCCGAGAUACCGAUGAGAUUGCGCCGGCGCGGCGGUCGAUAAAAAUAAAACUCCACUCUGACGAGGCCCUGCGAGAACGAAAACACAGAAAAGCAAAAUCGACGGGUGCUCGAGGGAAUGGGGGUUCCGGUGACGGCACAAAGGAUAUUUCGGCGCAGUUGAAGUCUCCAACUUCUCCUGUCGCUGCGCUUACAAAGUACCCCAAGACACCGGCUCCGCCACGGCCCCUCAUCCCCCGACGCCAGCCGUCCUACAUCAACACUCCUGACGUGGCCGGCAUCAAACACCAAAAGACACUGAUCCUAGACCUAGACGAGACGCUAAUACACAGCAUGUCCAAAGGUGGACGGAUGAGCUCGGGCCACAUGGUCGAGGUACGACUCAACACGACAUACGUCGGUGUUGGCGGGCAGGCCAGUAUCGGGCCACAGCACCCGAUCCUCUACUACGUGCACAAGCGGCCGCACUGUGACGAGUUUCUGCGUCGAGUUAGCAAGUGGUACAAUCUCGUCGUCUUUACGGCGUCGGUUCAGGAAUACGCCGACCCGGUCAUUGACUGGCUCGAGGCCGACCGGAAGUACUUCUCGGCGAGGUACUACCGCCAGCACUGCACCUUCCGCCAUGGCGCUUUCAUCAAGGACCUUAGCUCGGUUGAACCUGACCUGAGCAAGGUCAUGAUACUGGAUAAUAGCCCGCUGAGCUACAUGUUCCACCAAGAUAAUGCGAUUCCCAUACAGGGUUGGAUUAGCGACCCAACCGAUAGUGACCUGAUGUAUUUGAUACCCUUCCUAGAAGGGCUUCAGUACGUCUCUGAUGUCCGCGCGCUCCUGGCCCUGCGCGGGGGCGAGGACGACCUCCCCGCCGUCAAGCCCUCGGCUAUCGCCCUCGGCACCAUCUUCAACCACACGGCCGAGCUCGCCGUCCUCUCGCCUCUCUUUGGUCAGACAUACCAGCGCGCAAAGACCGCCGACAGCAAGGAGGAGUUCAUCAGGUCGCGGGAAGCCACCGGCGCCGCGGUGGCGUGGGGCACCGCCUUCCUGGGCUCGGCGCUCCAGUCAUACGGUGUCGGCGCCCUCAUCAACGCCACCGGAACCCUCAGCUACAAGGGCGCCGCCUACCUCGGCGGUCUGAUCUUUGCGGCCACCAGCGCUCCUACUUUCAUCAGCCAGCUCCUUAUCGAGAAGCGCCCCUUUGAGACGGUCGGUGUCAACCUGCUGGCGAAGCUGUUCGAGACUGUCGGCCUUUCCAUGUUUAUGACUUGGUGGGGAACUCGCACCAACCCGUUUGAAUUCACUAGCACCAGCUCGGGCACACCACUGAGCCGGAGUGCAUUCCGGUCGGAGUGA